AUGAAAGCUUUCUUCUGGAAAGACACCAUUAAAUUCAACGUACUAAUUUUAAAAUUAGUGGGUUUGUGGCCUGAAAACAACACUUAUAAACUAAACUCGUACCUUUUGUACUCAUUUUUGAGUAUAAAUAUUUUCAUCAAUGCUCACACCGUUUUCCAAACAACAAAUAUAUUAUUCGUGUACAAAGAUUUAGAAGCUUUAACGUCUAUAAUUUUUACUACAUUUAUGGAAGUUUUGACAUCAGCUAAGGCCUAUUUCUUUAUCCAAAAUAUGGACAUACUGAAACAACUAAUGAAAAACUUGGACGAGAAAAUAUUUCAACCGAAAAACGAACACCAGAGGGAAUUAAUCCAACAAAUUUUAAAUGUUUGGAGAUUUACUUACGUGGCUUUUUGGAUACCUGUGGCCACUACUUUGAUUUUGUGGUCGGUUAUUCCUUUCUUGGAUGGUUCUUUUAAAAAUUAUGGACUACCGUUUACUGCGUGGUAUCCGUAUAAUAGUAAAAGUUCGCCAUGGUACCAAUUUACUUACAUCCAUCAAGUCAUCAGUAUAUGUUUUAUAGCAAGUGCUAAUUUAAACAUGGAUAUGAUUAUAGUCGCUUUAUUGGUUUAUAUUGUGGCACAAUGUGAGAUUUUAUGUGAUGAUUUGAAGAACUUAACCAACUAUUGUAAUACACAAAACUUUUACUUAAUGUUCAGAGAAUGUAUAAAACAUCAUAAGAAAAUUUUAAGGUUUGCUGAUAAUAGUAAUAAGUUCAUUGAUAAAUUGGUUUUGGGUCAGUUUUUCACGAGUGGGGCAUCUUUAGCUCUGGCUAUGUUUCAGCUUACUUUGGUGAAGCCUCUGAGCGGUAAAUGUUAUUCCAUACUUUUCUAUGUAAACUCCGUUUCGGUACAACUUUUUCUAUAUUGUUGGUUUGGCAACGAGUUGUACGAAAAGGUAAGAACAUUAAUUGUAAUUUUUCAAUAA